AUGUCUUUUCGAUACACUUCGCGAAUACUACGGCUGCAGAGGGGUUUGGGUGUGCAGACAAGCCGCAAUGGCUGUAGAGUAGCGACGAACGCGCCUGUAUGGCAGCACUGCCGAGCUGUUGCUUCAACAGCGAAUGCUGAGAAAGUGCUCUUCCCUGGUGCGCUGAACAGCGAAUUCACAAGUACCCUCGACUUCCUUCAACCGUCCCAGACCCAGGCGAUAUCAACCUACCGCGUCAUGAACCAGUAUGGAGAAAUCAUAGAUAAAGACAUUGGAGUGGAGACUACAGACGAGGAAGCGUUGGACCUAUACAAGAACAUGGUCAAAUUAAGCAUAAUGGACCUCCUAAUGUUCGAAGCCCAACGACAAGGUAGACUGAGCUUCUACAUGGUCUCCGCCGGCGAAGAAGGCAUAGCCAUCGGCUCUGCCAGUGCCCUCUCUCCCGCCGAUGUCAUAUUCUGCCAAUACCGCGAGACAGGAGUAUACAUGCAACGCGGCUUCACGCUAUCCCAGUUCAUGAACCAACUCUUCGCCAACGCCAAAGACCACGGACUGGGUCGAAACAUGCCCGUCCACUACGGUUCAAAGGAGCUCAACAUCCACACCAUCAGUUCAACGCUAGCGACGCAGAUACCGCAUGCAGCCGGCGCGGCGUAUGCGCUGAAGAUGCAGAACAUGUGGUCGCCAGAAACAGAACCGAGGAUAGCAGUGUGUUAUUUCGGCGAGGGCGCAGCGAGCGAGGGAGACUUCCAUGCCGCCCUGAACAUCGCAGCGACGCGCCAAGUACCCUGUAUCUUCAUCUGCAGAAACAACGGCUACGCUAUUUCCACGCCCACGAGCGACCAGUACCGCGGUGACGGCAUCGCCUCUCGCGGAGCAGGAUACGGCAUCGCCACCCUACGCGUCGACGGCAACGACAUCUUCGCCGUCCGUCGAGCGACCAAGGAGGCGCGCCGCCUGGCGCUGCACGACGGCGGAAGACCCGUCCUGAUCGAAAUGAUGGCCUACCGCGUCGGCCACCACAGUACCUCUGACGACUCAUUUGCAUACCGCCAGCGCGUCGAGGUCGAGGACUGGAAACGCCGCGACAAUCCCAUCACGCGCCUGCGCAAGUGGCUCGAGGACAACGCCCUGUGGGACGAGGACAAAGAAAAAGCAUUGCGGAGCGUGACGAGGAAGGAGGUGCUCAGGGCGUUUGAAAUAGCCGAAAAGGAGAAGAAACCUAGCAUCAAAAACGCGUUUGAGGGCGUGUGGGAAGAGCUCACUGAAGAGCAGAAGAUGCAUGUCGAGGAGCUCAAGGAUAUUCUUACGAGGUAUCCCAAGGAGUAUGACGUUGAGCAGUAUGAAGGUGGCAUAUCAGGACUGGACGAGCUGUUGGCUCAAAAGAAGCAGACGUAG